AUGGCAUCGCUAGCGUUUAAAGUAAAGAGUAAAAAUGGCCAGCAAGUAUUGAAAGAGUUGACCUCUGAUAGCACUGUGGGUGAAUUAAAAAUGUUUCUUUCUAGUAUAUCGGACGUUGGUUGUGAGAGAAUUUGCGUAUUAUGUGGUUAUCCGCCUAAACCGUUAGAUAUCAGCAAUGAUAAUAAAACUUUGAAUGAGAUUGGUUUAAAAUCUGGCGAAACGCUGAUUGUAGAAGAAAAGUCAGUUCCAAUAGAACAGAAUGUUAAAAAACCUGACGUCACAAAGCCAAUAGAAAAUGGAGUGUCUCAUGAAACAAUAGGACCUUGUAGACCUGGAAUUUUGAUGAAAAAAGUGGUUCCUUCAGAUAAUUCUUGUCUAUUUACUAGUAUAGGUUUUGUACUAAACGGCAAUGUAGAUACAACAGCGCAUACUUUAAUGCGUCAAAUUAUUGCAAUGGAAGUUGCAAGUGAUCAUGAAACUUAUAAUGAAGCAGUGUUAGGGAAGCCCAAUGAAGAAUACUGUGUGUGGAUACAGCAACCGAGUUCGUGGGGUGGUGCAAUCGAGGUAGCUAUUCUCUCUCGGUUUUAUGGUUUAGAAAUGGCAGUGGUAGAUACAUUAAAUGCAAUUAUAAAUAGAUUUGGUGAAGACAAGAAUUACGGACAGAGGGUGUUCCUGCUGUUUGAUGGAGUGCAUUAUGAUCCUUUAUACUUGGAACAGUCUGAUGGUGGAAUCCAAACAGUGUUUCCCGCAGAAGACCUGGAAAUAUACAGAGAGGCCGAACAACUCGCACACGAAGCGAAAUCCUCUAGACAGUUCACAGAUGUCAACAAAUUCACCCUAAAAUGCAUGAUUUGCGACAAAUUAUUAACUGGGCAAAUUGAAGCCCAAAAGCACGCUAAAGAAACAAUGCACGCGAAUUUCGGAGAAGUU